AUGGGCAUUCACUUUAUCCUUCUAAGCAUAGCCAUUAUGGUCUUAGCUUCUACAAUUGUCUGUGUUACUGACUCAAGUCCUCUACAAGACUUCUGCGUUGCUGUUAAUGACUCUAAAUCUGCAGUUGGGGAAGGAAUUAGGAUGGAGGAGGGGAUUAAGAUGGAGGUUGGAAAGGGGAUUGGGAUUGAGGAGGUGGAGGUGGAGUUUAAUGAGGGAAAGUCUAAUGCAAUAGCUCUUUCUGGCCUAAGUAGCCAAAAUCCCGAUGUCAUUACCGUUGCUAAUGCGGUGUUUGGGUCAAAUCCAAAGAUUUACGUUAAUGUUCUAGCCAAGGAAUUCCAAGUGGACAAAAAGGUGGUGGACAAUCUUCAAACUCAAUUUUGGUGGCCCAACAAUUAG